GGAUUUUACAGACAUGUAAAGCAGAAAUGUAACACUGUGUUGUGUUAUAAAACAACCUUCAUCUACCAUAAUGAUGCUCUUUCACCUCACAGUUUUUUCACUUCUUACAGAAAUUAUUUUUGGAAACACUAUAACACCCCUCUUUGCUGAAAAGCAUGCACUGAAUGGAGAAGUGGUUACUCUCACCUGCAACUACACUGGAAGUAAUAUAUGGAGUUUGCAGUGGUAUAUGCAGUAUCCCAACACUGCACCUGAAUUUCUCUUGCAAACAUUUGAGAAUGCGGCUCCAAUGCAGAAGGAACGUUAUCUUGCUAAAGCUCAUAAAGACAAAAAACAGCUGGACCUGGAGAUCUCCAAAACUGAAUUGACAGACUCUGGGAUUUACUACUGUGCACUGGUGCCCACAGUAACAGGAAACACCUCUACAUUGUACAAAAACACUCAGUUAAGAUAUCUCACAAUUACAUUACGCUUUAAAAAUAAAGACACUAUACAAGGUGAAAAUGUGAUUUUGUCCUGUAACUACACUGGUGAUGUAAACAAUCUGCAAUGGUAUCAACAACAUCUGGGAUCUCGACCAGACUUUCUCGUUCUUGUCACAGAAUAUUCAGAUCCUGAUCCUUCACUUCGUCUGUCAGCAAAAGUUAUGAAAGACAUAAAGCGUGUGGAUCUCACGAUCUCCUCUGCUGAAGAAACCGACUCUGCUGUGUAUUACUGUGCCAUGCAGCCCACAGUGACAGGAAACACAACAACACUGUACAAAAACCUGCUUUCAGUCAUGUGA